AUGGGGGAUUUUGAAAUAGAUGCUGUUUUACAGUUUAUGCUGUCUAAAGGUGGUCGUGUGCGGAAUCAUGAACUGGUUACUCAUUUUAAAAAUGUAUUGAAUCAUCCAGUAAAUAAAGCACUGAACAGAGAGAAGUUUAAGGACUAUGUCAAUGAACUUGCUUCUAUCAAGCUUGAUGCAGGAGAGAAAGUUCUGGUGCUCAAAAGGAAAUAUAGACCGGGAUCCAUGUAUGGUGACUCAACCAAUUCCUCAUCAUCAUCUUCUGCGUCACUUUCUUUGUCCAACUCAUCCUCGUAUUUGUCCAAGUCUUCAGGAUCUAAGCCAUCCUUCUCUAAUACAACAGCAGCUUCUGAACCAAACUUGAUCCCACCAGAGACUUCGAUGGAGAGGCCCCCAGAACAAAAUGUUUCAGCACGUGCACAGUCUGAACCUCCUUCUGCUUCACCCAGUGACUCCACAGAUGGUCCCAUGAUGUCUAAGAUAAAAGAUGAACACAUGCCUGUUAACCUGAGCAAAACUGAUAGAGUCACAGAGCAGAAGAAAAUAUUUGAAGACAGCGUCAGUGUGUCAGGGUCUAAUGUAUCUCUGGCUUCUACUGAGUCUCAGAGAUCAGCAACCUCUAGCACAUCGGGUGUGACAUCCACUGAUGAUGAUCCUAAUGCCUCUGUGAUUAGUGUCAGGGACAAAAUUAAAAACCUGAACAAAAUUUCUUCAGAGGUGGAUCUCCAGCAACCAGUUGGAAACAGGAAAAAUAACAAAUAUACAAAGGGAUAUAAACACAAAUAUACAAAGAGAUAUAAACACAAAUAUCCAAAGGGUGUUGAUGAUGAUGACAUGUCACAUGCUUCAGGAGUUUCUUAUGUCACGCUUACACCAGAACAAAGAGACUGGAUGGUAGUAAGUGCAGCCUCAGACUAUCAUGAUAUGAAUCGGCUGCUCUCCAAAAAUCCAAGUCUUGCUAAACUUAAAACUGCUCUACACUGGGCUGCCAAAAAUGGCAAAAUGGAGGUGAUCAAACUUAUAGCCAACAAGCCAGGUGUUAAAGUCAACCAAAGAUCUGGAUAUACGCCACUUCAUCUUGCAGCCAUUCAUGACCAUGAAUACAUCAUAGAGCUACUUGUACAAACAUUCAAGGCAGAUCCAAAUAUUAGAGAUUACAGUGGCAAGAAAGCCAAACAGUACCUGAAGAACUCAGCCUCAUCCAAAGCCCAACGUAAGCGAGUUAUUUCUGUUUAUUCCAGCCCAUCCUAUGAGGCUUUGAACACCAUAGUAACCAACUCUAACCAUGCCCAGUUAAAAACCAAAGCAGGCAUUAGAUUAGAAAUCUCAGAUCCUAUUCCUAUUGACAGUUCCAGCAGUAUCUAA